AUGAAGCCCACCACGACCCUCGUCGCCCUCGCCCUCGCCGGCAGCACUGCGCUCGCGGCCCACUCGCACGAGCACGCGCCCCUCGCCGCCCGCGCCGCCGCCGCCCACCCGGGCAUGCAGCGCCGCGUCGUCGCCAAGCGCCAGCUCGUCCAGGGCCUCGUCGACGGCCUCCUCGGCGGCGCCCAGUCGUCCUCGGCCCCGGCGGCGGCGACGGCUGCCACCAACGCGGCCGCUUCGAAUGCGCCCGUCGCGCAGGCUUCUUCGGCGGCGACGAGCGCGGCGGCGGGAGCUGCGUCGAGCGCUGUCGCUGCGGCGCCCGCGAGCGAGUCGGCGCAGGGGCAGCAGGACGAGCAGACGAGCGCGACGAGCGCGGCGACCUCGGCCGAGCAGACCCAGGCGACCCAGGCGGCGACGAGCUCGGCUGAGGCGACGCGCGACACGGCGACCGCUGCGGCCGCGACGAGCAGCAGCAGCAGCGCCUCGGCUGUCGAGCCGUCGUCGGCCGGGACGACGACCGUCACGCAGGUCGUCAGCGCGUCCUCGGCGAGCAACACGGUCGUCUCGACCGACAGCGCCCUGUCGAGCGGCUCGCCGAGCGCCUCGUCGUCGUCGGCCUCGUCGUCGGCGUCGCUCGCCGCCGACUCGAAGGACGACUCGUCGUCGGGCGGCAUCAGCAAGGCCGUCCUCAUCCCGCUCAUCGUCGUCGCGAGCGUCGUCGCCCUCAUCGGCGCCAUCUGGACCAUCGUCCGCAAGACGAAGUUCUCGCCCUCGCGCCGGUUCGAGGCCAAGCUCGCGCCGAUCGACUAUGCGCCCGACGCCGUCCACCGUGACGGCGACAUGGACGGCGACCACGAUGCCAUCCUCGCCCACGCGAGGAACGGCAGCGUCAUGUCGGGCGGCCACGCCGGGUACGGUGCGGGUGCCGGCGGCGGGAGCUACGGCGCGCACUAUGCGGCGAGCCUCGCGAGGAGCGACUCGGGCAAGACGAGCGUGCGCGGCGGCAUGCCCAUGAGCGAGUCGAUGCACAACGUCGCGGCCAUCCCGUACGCCGGCCCGGCUUACGUCGCCGCCCCGUACGGCGGCCCCGCCUUCACCCCUGUUCAGCCCGGCUACCCGCAGGCGCACGAGCAGGCGUACGCCUACGCCGACCUCCACCGCGCCGGCUCGUACUCGCACCCGCCCAACCCGUACGCCGGCAACGUCGAGGUCGACAUGCGCUCGGCGUCGCCCGGCCUGCACCGCAUGCCGACGUCGCGCAGCGGCAUGAUGUCGCCCGGCCCGGCCUCGAUCGCGUACAACCCGCCGCGGUACUGAGCGUCUCGCCCGCUCGCCCUCGCGCACGGACCUCGACUCGCCCUAGUUCUCCCUCUCGCCGUUCCCCUGUUGCAUAGCCCCC